GAUCUGGACCUGAAGCAUCGGAACAUUUAAAAAUCAGCUUUGAAAUCUGUGUUUAUGCAACAAGUCGAGAUUUCUACAUUCUUUAAGAUGCUGUGUGUCAUACUUAUGUAACUUGUUGCAAUAUCCUUCCUACCCCUUGUGCAACUGUAUGGAAGAAACACUGGACUUCAAAUAAAUUAUUGCUUGCUUUACAUGCACAGUCCCAUCUGAAGUACAAGUAGGAGGCAUCAUGACUGACAGAAAUGCUAUAUCUAUCCAGAUAACUAUAGGUAAUUCCACUCCUGCAAACUUCACUCAGCAGGCAAUGUUUCCUCCUGCAUCUUCUCCACAGGUUGGAAUAGCUCUCCUCUCCAUAGCUUUCCUACUUGGCUUCCCAGGCAAUGCCUUUAUUAUCUGGACUGUGUUGACCCACCUAAAGAAACGGACAGUAACCUGCAUCCUUAUUUUACAUUUGGCUGUGGCAGAUAUCAUUGUAAUCCUAACGGGUCCCUUCUUCAUUCAUCUUCUGGCCACUGGCAGCUGGGCUUUUGGGAGUAUUGUUUGCAAACUCUGCCAUUAUAUUGGAUGUCUGAGCAUGUAUGUCAGUAUUUUCCUUAUCACAUUUAUGAGUCUAGAUCGCUUCCUGGCUGUAGCCAUACCCUUUUCUUCUCAGAAGAUAAGAACAAAGACUGCUGUCAGAACCUUGGUUUUGGUGAUAUGGUCAAUAGCCUCAGUGUUGGCUAUACCAAUGCUAGUAUACCGUACUUUACAGAUCAAAAACAAUAGACUCCAAUGUCUACCCUCACACAGUGGUUCUGGGCACAUUAUCUUUCAGUACCUAUUUGAGAGUCUCUUAGGAUUUUUUAUCCCAUUCACAAUUAUUGUGUCCUGCUACCUCUACAUAUGCCUACGUUUACGUAGCCUGAAGUUUCAGAGUAAACAAAAGACUAGUCGGUUGGUCAUUUGCAUUGUUGUGACGUUUGCUCUGUUCUGGAUUCCGUAUCACACAGUUAAUAUUCUCCAGGUAAUAGGAGAGACAGUCUCAGACUCUAGUACAAGAAAGAUGCUCAAAAAAGCAGCUCAAUUUGCUCGCCCUAAUGUCACAGCUCUUAUCUUUCUUAGUAGUAGUGUUAACCCUGUCCUUUAUACAUUUGCUGGUGGUUCAUUCAUAAAAACAGCAGGGCUAGGCUUCAUGGCCAAGCUUUUUGAGGGUACUUCUUCUGAGGCCCCCAGUUUCCGGAAGGUCACUCAGGUCUUUAGACAGAAGAGCAGAAAUGAGUCUGUAGAACUAGGGUGUCUUAGGGAUGGAGAAGUUGAAGGGGAAUGUAGAAAAUUACCCAUCAACCCAACACAAUAAAAUUAAGAAACAAAUGUAUCGUUUUGAGUAGCACAACUUUGUCUCAAUAUAAUUAUUAAAACAUCUUCCUAGUUCAUAUAUUUUACAGAUGUAAAUUUGGCAGCUUUAAUUCUCUUUCGAGGGCAUUAAUGUCCAGUUAUAAAGCAGCAUAAAAUAUAUCAUGCUAAAUAGCUAAGUUUCAUAUGCAGAGGUUAAUCUUUGUCAAAAUUCUCAUGUAACAGGAUUGCAUGAUAUGUCUGUAAUUACUACAACUGUCAAUGUAAAUUGAUUCCUUGGUGUAUCUGGUAAAUUAAAAGGGGUUGCACAUUAA